AUGACGGAAUCCGGGACGGCCGUUCGCCGGCCGCUGUCGCCGAGACGGUUCUUCGCCAUGCUGUACGAGACGGACGCCGCCGCCGGCGGCGACAUUGUCCGCGAACCUCGAGCCGUCCUCGCCGGGACGCCGGCUGUAAGUGGCCGCGGACGACUGACCGCCGUCGACAAGAAACGAACGUGCGUUCCGUUCCGGGUGCGGAUGGUCGACCGUCCCGCAAUGGUCAGUUCCUUGUUGGCCGACCAUCCGUUCGCCGUCGGGCUUACCGCUUUCCUGGAAAGGAGACGCCGGAAAGAAGGACGCGGUCCAAGGCGGCAGAGAACGACUUUCAGCCCCAAGCAGACCAUGUGCUUGGAAAGGGAAUACAAGAACAACGAGUACGUGUCCCGGAGUAGACGGUUGGAAUUGGCCGGCGCCUUGGAGUUGUCGGAAACCCAGGUCAAGAUCUGGUUCCAAAACCGAAGAGCUAAAGACAAACGUCUAGAAAAAACGCAUUACGACCAGCAAAUAAGGCAGAUGUUCCAGCACACCGGAUUUAUUUUGCCAAAGAUCUAUCCCACCACUGAUGCCCUUGUUCGACAUACAGCAAUCAACAACAACAAUAAUUAAUCGUUUGGCAGUUAAAAAUGUACAUACAGAUUCACCUUUGGCAUUAUCUACACCUAUAUAUAUAUAUAUAUAUAUAUAUAUAUAUAUAUAUAUAGUAUUAUAAUAAUGCGUAAGACACGUGUAUUAACCACUCGAUUAAGACUAUAGUUAGUAGCUCAAAACCAGUACCAACGGUCUCUUUAUAUUAUUUACCGACUAUUUCAAUGUAUAACAGUCGUUCAGUGUGCUCCAAAAUACCUGAAAUUAUACACAACCCACAUACAGUACAAAAAAAAAUGUGAAUACUUUCUAAAUGUCUUGUUGAAGUUUGGUGGAAAAUAUUUGCAUCAAGCCUUUAAUAUAAGUACUGUUUAGUUUACAAUAUUUCUUCUUUGGGUAAUCGGCCUCUAGUACCAUCCUGUCAUACAUACAGAAUUCCAGCCAUCGCUAUCAGCAGCUCAUGCUUUACAAUCUAAUCCUUUUCUUAGCUCUUCUACGUCUUUCGUGUUCCUAGGCACAUAAACUGUUCCACUCUACCGAAAUUUUAUCGACCUAUACAUAAGGACGGGCUUAUUCUUGCGUCCUUAUGACAAUAUAUUUUGACAUGUCUUCAUUGACACGUCACCCCACUUCUCCUGAUAUCUCUUCUAGCCGACUAUAUAGUAAACUUAAUUAAUUUUGUUAAUAGAUCAUCUGCGUACGCUAGCAGUCCUAUAAUGUUCGUUACUUCAUGUGGUCUAGUAUUCAUUGCUCUUAUAACUUUUUCCAGUGCUAAAUUAAACAAUGUGGCCGAUAAUAGUCCUGGCCUUACAAGUAUUGGUUACGAUUUUAUAGUUCCUAUUUUGAUUUUUCCAUGAGUUUCCAUGAUUUAAUAAAACUUAUUAAUUUAUGUGAGAAGUGGAACUCUAUCAUAUUGUAAAUUAAAAUUUCUUGUCAUACGCUUUUUGGAAAUCAAUAAAAAGUAUAUGCAUUUCUUCAUUGAACUCCUAUGAUUUUUGAAAAAGCUGCAUGGCAAUGAAAAUUUGCUCUGUUGUAAAACCACCUUGGUAUUGGUCAAUCACCUUUUUAGCUAUCUCCUUUAUCCUUGACAAAAUGCAAUUUGUAUUAACUAAUAUAGUUAAUUUACAUUAUUUAAGAAACAUAAUGGCAAAUUAUAUAAUGCCAGAAGCUUACACGAAUUAACAUAAAAAAUAAAUUAUCAUAGUCGAAAUUAAUUAAAACCACUUUUAUUCUCAAAUAUUCUUUAAUAAAAAGGUACGAGCAGGCCCCUUAAUUGAUCUGGAAUUAUAUAAUUGCUGUAUUGGAAUUAUUUUUAGACAAACUAUAGUAGUACUUCUAACUAGUAUCUAGCUCUAAUAGCAACGUGUAUAAUUAUCAUAAAUCAUAAAAAUGAUGUAAUUAUUUGAUUUUGUAAGACAUUAUGUUCUUUUAUUUCUAGUCUCUGUUGUUUU